AUGGCAUCGACUCAAGCUAAUGCAAGUGAAAAUCCGACUAACAUUCCAGCUUCUCAGUCAGGAAGUGCAGCUGGAAUCGCUAGUAAAAGAAAAGUUGCUAAGAAUGCUCUUGGAAGUAGAACUGAUGUAGGAUGGGAGCACGGGAUAUCUGUUGGAGAAGAUGGAAAGAAGAUACAAUGUAAAUACUGUCAUAAAAUUUUUUCAGGAGGAGUUUAUAGAUUGAAACACCACCUAGCAGGAACUCAAAAAGAUGUUGGGGCUUGUACAACUGUUAGUGAUGAAGUUAAGAAGCAAAUGUGGGAUGUUGUGAGUGGGUUGCAAGUAAAUUUGAUGAAGAAAACAAACAUGGGUGGGGCAAGCCCAGGAGAAGCUACUAAAAAAGUUGACACUACCGGUGAAAAAAGAAAGGGAAAAGAACUAGAUGGCAACAUAUUCAAGAAAAUACGCAUUAGUACUCAAACAACAAUCAACAAUAUAUUUAAGAAGAAUUUGAGAGAGAAAGUAUGUUUAGAGAUUAGUGCUUUUUUCUACAACAAUGGCAUCUCCUUUAAUGUUUCAAGGAGCGAGGAAUACAGUAGAAUGUUUGAGAAAGCUAUAAGAUACGGACAAGGAUUCAAGCCACCAUCCUACCAUGAAUUAAGGGUGUCUCUUUUGAAGAAACACGUGGAGCUUGUUCAACAAUCACUAGAGGAACAUAGAGAAUAUUGGAAGCAGGUUGGUUGCCCAAUAAUGACUGAUGGUUGGACAGAUAAGAGAAGACGAACCAUCCUAAAUUUUUUGGUUAAUAGUCCUAAAGGGACUGUUUUUUUGAAAUUCAUUGAUGCCUCUCACAUUACUAAGACAGCUCAUAAAAUCUUUAAAAUGAUAGAUGAUGUGGUUGAAGAGGUUGGUGAAGAAAAUGUCAUCCAAGUUGUCACCGACAAUGCGGCUAACUACAAAGCUGCAGGAGAAAUGCUAAUGAAAAAGAGAAAAAAGUUAUUUUGGACGCCUUGUGCAGCACAUUGCAUUGAUUUAAUGUUAGAAGACUUGGAAAAAAAAGUAACACUUCACAAGGACACAAUUUAUAAAGGUAGAAAGAUUACUACUUACAUAUAUGCUAGAACUGCUCUUAUUGCACUACUACACAUCCACACUAAGGGGAAAGAUUUGACAAAAGAUGGAAAGAUAAUUGCAAGUGUAGUGUUAGAUAAGGUGCUUUGGAAGGAAGUCGUAAUUUGCUUGAGGGCUGCCUACCCUCUUCUUCAUGUGCUUCGUAUGGUGGAUUCAGAAGAAAAGCCGGCAAUGGGAUUUAUUUAUGAAGAAAUGACAAGUGCAAAGGAAAAAAUACGAGAUGCAUUUCAAGGAGUUGAGACAAGUUAUAUACCUAUUUGGGACAUUAUUGAUGCAAGAUGGGGCAACCAACUUCAUAGGCCAUUGCAUGCUGCAGGCUAUUAUUUGAAUCCUCAAAUUCAUUAUAGCUCUGGUUUUAAAAUUGCUUAUGAGCUUAAGAAGCAGUUUUAUGCUUGUAUGGAAAGGAUGACAGGAAAUCCAGAUUUAAUCACUAAGAUGGAUGUUCAACUUGAAGAUUUUAAGACUCGAAAAGAGUUUUUUGGUAGUAAAGUAGCUCAAAAUGCAAUUUAUACUAAAACUCCAGCUCAAUGGUGGGAUUCUUAUGGAGAUCAGCAUCCAGAACUCCAACAAUUUGCAAUUCGUGUCUUGAAUUUGACAUGUAGUUCAUCUGGAUGUGAACGUAAUUGGAGCGCUUUUGAGAUGGUUAGUAAUUAAAUAUAAGUUGCAUUUUACUUUUAUAAAUUUGGUUGUUAAUUCUUCAAUUCUAUCUU